GUGUUGUUUCUUUGACUUUGUUCGUGUUUCAUUACAAGGAAAUUUACUUGAAAAUGUUUUUAAUGACUUGAAAUUAUUGAUAAUUUUAGUAUUUCAAAGAAAUGUUUUAAUUUUUUGUCUAAAUGUUAUCGGAAAUUCACUGAAGUGGUCAAUUAUUAUGUGUUGAAUGACAACUUAUAUGUAUAUGAACCAAAAAGUCUCAUUUUAAAGUUAAAUACUUGGAUCAUAUUUUCAUCCAUUGUCUUCAAUUAUAAUGUUUCAUUAAUGAGAUGAUUCCUUUACACUGUCAAUGUAAAAGAAAUUAUCUGUAAUAAUUAUUUCAAAAUUAUUUUUACGUGGCUCUCUGUAAAAUAUACAUGGAAAACAGAGAUAAAAUAUUAAUUUCCUCUACAUCGAAAACAGAGGAUGAUUCCUGAUACGCAUCGUGUUUCUAAGUCAAUGUUAUGUUUCAAAGAAAGAACUAUGGACCAUUGUAUGCCAUGUUAUUCAUCACCUUCUAUACUUUUUUCCACACUCACCAAAAUCUGUUUAAAUCUUAAGAUAAGAUACAGUGACACAUACAAAAUAAGCAUAUCAGAUAGUACUAUACAAUCUACCCGUCGUGUAAUUUAAGUCACAGAAAGAAAAAAAAAGAUACAAAGAAGGGAACCACUGCAAGACCAAAUUGCUUGAAAAACGCUGAAUUUCACGUGGAAACUUGGAAACUCUGAAAGCAUAGAGAAGAUGCAAAAGGGAUUAUGGACAUAUAAACAGUGAAGAGAGGAAGAGGGUCUUUGUCGUUGUCCUUCAUUCCCGUGAAACAUGAUUCAACAAAUAUUUGUCCUCAAGAAGGACUCCAUGGACAUUAAAGCUACUAAGAACUUUCCAGCAACAUUGAGGUUGGUAGUUUUCGUCAUGGCUGCAACAUGUGGACUAUACAUUUGCUCAGUUAAUUUAGAGAAACCAACAAGAGUUCGUGUAAAUACCAAGUUGGUGGAACAGAGAGUCAUCAACCAAACAUGUCAUACUUCUACUGUAGAACAAUGGAAAGCACCUUACUUGCACUACCCACAACCCAAAACUUACAACAGGGAAGAGUGUGCAUGCAAUCCUGUCAGAUUUUUUAGCAUAGUGACAAUGCAAAGAUCAGGGAGUGGAUGGUUUGAGACUUUGUUGAACAGUCAUAUGAAUGUGAGUUCGAAUGGGGAGAUAUUUGUGGUGGCCAAAAGAAGGGAAAAUGUAAGUUCAAUUUUGAAGACAAUGGAUGAAGUGUUCAAUCUUGAUUGGUUGAGUGGUGCUUCCAAGAAUGAGUGUUCAGCGGCUGUGGGGUUCAAGUGGAUGAUUAAUCAGGGUUUAAUGGAUCAUCAUAAGGAGAUAGUGGAGUACUUUGAAAGGAGAGGAGUUUCUACAAUAUUCCUUUUCAGAAGGAAUUUGCUCCGUAGAAUGGUAUCUGUUCUUGCCAAUUCCUAUGACAAAAUUGCAAAGCCACUGAAUGGAACCCAUAAGUCUCAUGUACACUCCAAAGAAGAGGCAGGAAUUCUGGCCAAAUACAGGCCAUGGAUCAAUUCCACGUUGCUGAUGACAGAGUUAAAGCAAACAGAGGAGACAGCUGCAAAAGCUCUUCAGUACUUUAAGAGCACUCGUCACAUUGUUCUAUACUAUGAGGAUCUUGUUAAAAAUGCCACGAAGGUGAAAGAUGUUGAAGAAUUUCUGGGAUUGCCUUUGAGAGAUAUGCACAGCAGGCAGGUGAAGAUUCACACUGGCCCAUUAUGGAAGCAAAUCGGAAACUGGGAAGAAGUGCAAAAAACGCUGAGAGGCACACCAUAUCAGAAUUUUCUCGUCCCAGACUAAUCAAAUAUAGUUCCACAUGAUAGCUGACUUUGACACUAAAAUACAAAAUUCUUUGACUUGGAAACUUUAACCAUAGGCAGAGAAAGGGUUUGGUGAACUUGAUCAAAAUCUGCAAGUUUCAAAUUAGCUUGUUGUGUCUGAAGUUGAUAUUUUAUGCAAGAAAAUGCAAACACAAGUGACAGAGUGAUAACACAUCAUUACUCCGGAGGUUCCUUCCAACUUCCGUUCAACAGUUUUUUAUUAUUUUGACGCAAUUAGUUGAUAUCGAUAAAUAGAAACAAAAGUCUUUAUAGUCUUAAUGCGACGGUUAUUUUACAUUUCAAAUCAUUUAGGGAAGCGAGCUCGUGUCUAACACUACAGCUACUGCUGAAGUCUGUUAAGUUGUGCCUAUGAACAAUUCCAAUCGCCAAUUCAUAUUUCCAAUUACUAUGUAAU